CAUUUCUUUGUUAGAACUUGUAAUCUUUUUUCUCUCUCUCUCUCUCCCCUUUUCUCAGACACACACCGCAGCAGCUCAAAAACACCCAUUAGCUUGAACAUGGGUAGAACACCGUGUUGUGACAAGAAUGGGCUAAAGAAGGGGCCAUGGACACCUGAAGAAGAUCAGAAGCUAAUUGAUUAUAUACAGAAACAUGGUUAUGGCAACUGGAGAACACUUCCAAAGAAUGCUGGACUGCAAAGAUGUGGAAAGAGUUGCCGUCUUCGUUGGACUAACUAUUUGAGACCUGAUAUCAAGAGAGGACGAUUUUCUUUUGAAGAGGAGGAGACAAUAAUUCAGCUGCACAGUAUAUUAGGAAACAAAUGGUCGGCCAUAGCUGCCCGCUUGCCUGGAAGAACAGAUAAUGAAAUCAAGAACUACUGGAAUACACACAUUAGAAAAAGGCUUCUCCGAAUGGGAAUUGAUCCUGUAACUCACAGUCCUAGACUUGAUCUUCUCGACCUAUCUUCAAUUCUUGGCUCUUCGCUCUAUAACUCAUCACAAAUGAACAUGUCAAGACUGCUCGGAGUGCAGCCUCUGGUUAACCCAGAACUUCUCCGGCUAGCCACAUCUCUCAUAUCAUCUCAUCAUCAACGUGAAAAUGACCAAAGCUUUGUUUCUCAUCAAAAUGGUCAAGAAAAUCAUCUGUGCCAUCUCCAAGUUCAAAACCAAUAUAAUCAUCCACUGGUGCAAGCUCAACCAUUUCAAGAAAUGCCCACUACUACUACUAGUACCCCAUUUGUUUCCUUUUCUGACGAGACACAGCUUAUGAACCCAAAUGUAGAGCAGUACCCAGCACGUUUCGCCGACCAAAACUCUCAACUGAAUCAAGAAUGGCCAAACGACAAUGGUUUUGCUACCUCAAGUUUAACAGAAGAUUAUAUUGCUCUACAGAAUUGUAACAACUACUUUGGGUCUCAUGAUCAAACGGCUAUUAUAGACCCAUCAUCUGACACCACAACAUCAACUUUCAUCUCUAAUAACAGCAACCAAAAUUUCAGUUUCGCCUCAGUUUUAUCAACACCUUCUUCAAGUCCAACACCACUGAACUCAAAUUCAACGUACAUCAAUGGCGGCAGCAGCACUGAAGAUGAGAGGGAAAGUUAUAGCAGCAUUUUGAAAUAUGAAAUCCCAGAGAUUUUGGAUGUCAGUAACUUCAUGUAAUUCAAAAAAAAAAAAAAAUUGAAACUGAUCGAAUAGGUUUUCUCUUUUCUUUUUCUUUUUUUCUGAUUUCUUUUAUCUUUUCUGUCCAUCCAAAAUUUCUGGGACAUGGAUUUUGUGUAGUUAAUACGCAAUUAAUUAAUUUUUUUUAUCUUUUUCCAGUUUCGUAAUUAUUGUAUCGACAAGCCAAAGAUCAUCUCCUACUGUGUACUACGUACCCUUCUCUUUAUUUUUUUUAUGCAAGUUUAAUUAAUAGAAGCUAGUUUCCAUCA